AAAGUUCAGUAGAUGGGACAAGAUGAAGUUCGGAGCACAAUUUUUAGCUCUUUUUAUCUGCAUCUGUGGAUCUACACACUUUGGACAGACAAGAGAAGAAUCAAGAUCAGAUGGAGCUUCUUGUGGUGGAAUUUUAACUCAAUCAAAAGGAGAACUUUUCAGCCCCAAUUUUCCCCGUAAUUAUCCUAAUAAUGCUGAGUGCACAUGGAGGCUGCAGGGUCCUGAGCAGAAGGUGGUUUCAUUAACCUUCACGUUUGUUGAUUUGGAGUCAAAAUGGGACUCAGUCCAUGUGUAUGAUGGUCUGACUGAUGAGGAUCCACAGUUGGGUGUUGUGACUGCAAAUCAGACAAAUUCAUUCACCUCCAGCAGCAGAUACAUGACUGUCAUUUUCUCCAGUGAUGAGAGCUGGACUCAAAAAGGCUUUCGAGCAGAAUGGGCUUUCAUAGGUGGAGAUCCAUGUGGUGGAGAUCUGACUCAGUCACAAGGGGAAUUUUUCAGCCCCAAUUUUCCCAAUAAUUAUCCUGAGGGAACAAAUUGCACAUGGAGGCUCGUGAGCCCUGAGCAGCAGGUGGUUUCGUUAACCUUCGUGUCUGUUGAUAUCGAGUCAUGCUUAGGCUGUGGGUGUGAUGCUGUACGUGUGUACGACGGCCCGUCCACGUCAUCUCUGUUAUUGGGAACUGUGUGUGGAUAUGUAAGGAAGACAUUCAGCUCGAGCAGCAACACUCUAACUGUGGUUUUCUCCAGUGAUAACUCUGUUAACCGAAGAGGAUUCAUCGCACACUGGAACUUUACAGGUGGAGAUCCAUGUGGUGGAGAUCUGACUCAGUCACAAGGGGAAUUUUUCAGCCCCAAUUUUCCCAAUAAUUAUCCUGAGGGAACAAAUUGCACAUGGAGGCUCGUGAGCCCUGAGCAGCAGGUGGUUUCGUUAACCUUCGUGUCUGUUGAUAUCGAGUCAUGCUUAGGCUGUGGGUGUGAUGCUGUACGUGUGUACGACGGCCCGUCCACGUCAUCUCUGUUAUUGGGAACUGUGUGUGGAUAUGUAAGGAAGACAUUCAGCUCGAGCAGCAACACUCUAACUGUGGUUUUCUCCAGUGAUAACUCUGUUAACCGAAGAGGAUUCAUCGCACACUGGAACUUUACAGGUGGAGAUCCAUGUGGUGGAGAUCUGACUCAGUCACAAGGGGAAUUUUUCAGCCCCAAUUUUCCCAAUAAUUAUCCUGAGGGUACAAACUGCACAUGGAGGCUCGUGAGCCCUGAGCAGCAGGUGGUUUCGUUAACCUUCGUGUCUGUUGAUAUCGAGUCAUGCUUAGGCUGUGGGUGUGACGCUGUACGUGUGUACGACGGCCCGUCCACGUCAUCCCUGUUAUUGGGAACUGUGUGUGGAUAUGGAAGGAAGACAUUCAGCUCGAGCAGCAACACUCUAACUGUGUUUUUCUCUAGUGAUAACUCUGUUAACCAAAGAGGAUUCAUCGCACAUUGGAACUUUACAGAUGGAGGUGCAUGUGGUGGAAUUUUAACUCAAUCAAAAGGAGAAUUUUUCAGCCCCAAUUUCCCCCUUAAUUAUCCCAAUAAUGCUGAGUGCACAUGGAGGCUGCAGGGUCCUGAGCAGAAGGUGGUUUCAUUAACCUUCACGUUUGUUGAUUUGGAGUCAAACUGGGACUCAGUAGAUGUGUACGAUGGUCUGACUGAUGAGGAUCCACAUUUGGGUGCUGUGACCCAGACAAAUUCAUUCAACUCCAGCAGCAGAUACAUGACCGUCACUUUCUCCAGUGAUUGGAGCGUGACUCAACAAGGCUUUCGAGCAGAAUGGGCUUUCAUAGAUUCCCCAUCCUGCAGGUAUAACUGUGGUAACAAUCUCAGUGUGUGUUCCUGCACCAGCGACUGUCAGGACAACAGAAACUGCUGCUAUGAUUAUAAUGGUGAGAAAAAUGUCAAGAUUUAA